UUAAUUUGCUCAUGUUUAGGUCCUGUCUUCACGGUGGUUUAAGAAAUGAAUUAAUUCCCAGUCUUAUAUCAUUGGAACAAAACGGGAACUGCGGGUAGGAAGAUCGGGGGAGCGCGAUGGAGGACUCUAGUGCGAUGACAGCCAACGCACAGGAGUUCUGCCUUCGCUGGAACAACUUUCACUCCAGCCUUGUCACAGCGCUGGAUGGUUUCAAAAAUGACCAAGAUUUUGUAGAUGUAACGUUAGCCUGUGAAGGACAGUUCCUCAAAGCUCACAAAAUGCUGCUGUCAGCAUGUUCAGUUUUCUUCAGAGAUCUCUUAAAGGCAAAUCCAUGUCAGCAUCCCAUCGUUAUAUUGCCUCCAGAAGUGCGGUUUGCAGAUCUAGAGAAGUUACUAAGAUUUAUAUAUCAAGGUGAAGUCAAUGUCCAUCAAGAAAAUUUGGCAAGAUUUCUCAAAACUGCAGAAAUGUUGAAGAUCAGAGGCCUUGCAGAGGACAGUGAAAAGCAAAGAGUUCUUAGAUCAUCGUCCCCAAGACCGCCAGAGGGAGGUGACUCUGAUUCCGUCAGCCCAAAACGACCCAGGUUAUCCAUUGACGUCCACCAACCUAGCCAAGAACCACAAACACCCAAUGACGACAGCCGGUUAUCAGGCAAUGAUUCUGAUUCAGAAAUGAUUCCUGUUAAACAGGAGAUGGUUGAAUUGAAAGACUGCAGUGAUACUGUGUAUGAAGGUGGGGAUAGUGAGGCAUUCAUCCCUGAGGCGUACCUGAGAGAAGGGGGUUCGGCCUCCUCCUCACAACAGUCCCAACAGCCAGCUCCCCCACACGCACCUCCGCCCCCCGGACCAUUGUUACCUUCUUAUGUUCCACCUCCACAAGUCAAGACUCAAGACGGGCUCUGUCGGACCCCAGCGCACCCGGUAGGGGGACUCAUCAGACGCUUUUUGGAAGAAUGCUUGCAGCUGUCUGAGCCGGCACCGCUUCUGUCUUGCUAUACUGGACUGGAGUCAACCCCCCACUUCCAGCUGCUGCGGUCUGUGGCAAAAGAGUGGAGUUACUGCCGAAACGCAACACAGAAUUACACAUCUAUGGGUGGUAGUAGCAAGCGACAGAGGGCAACUUCACGACUGAUUGAAACCUUUGAAAGUAUUGAUGCUCUUCGUUCUCAGCUUGCUCAUUAUUUCCAUCAGAUCAUUGUUCUUGAACUGGCCAAUCCUGGCACUGUAGCCAAAGUAGCAAAAGCAGAAAUGCAAGUUCAACAACAGCAGCAGCAGUUGAAUCAACAACAGCAGCAAGAAGGGGAAGGAGGGAACAAUGGCAAUGUAGAUGCUUUGUCGAUGGACAUAGCAGAGAUGACAGGUAUCACAUCUGAACAGAGAGAGUACUUUACCAAAGCCACUGAUGUUAUGAAGCAGCUAAGGAAGUUAUAUUUUGAUCAGUCUCGGCGUUUAGCAGUGCGGAUAAGUCAGCUUAAAAAGGGGCGACAGCAGUCUCAGGAACGUAUGCAAAGACAACAAGCCAUUCAGCAGAACUACCUCCAGCAAACUUUACAGCAGCUUCAGCAACAGCAACAUCAUCAACAGCAACAGCAACAACAGCAACAUCCAUCUCAACAACAACAACAACAGCAGCAGCAGCAACAACAGCAACAGCAGCUUCAUCAACAACAGCAAAUGGGAACUCAUCAAAUGAGUCCAAAUUUGCAAGAUGGAGCAGCACAACUUCUACAUGGACAGCUGUCUCUACAUCACCUCCACCAACCUUGGUCAGACUAGGAAAGUGCUCUUGGCUGCACCAUACAAAACAGAUCUUUACCCUGUUGAGUUAACCCAAUGAUUAUGCAGCUGUUGCAAGGUGACAGGCAUUGACAUUUGCAGGGUCCUCAAAUUGUUCAUUGCUUGUAAAAUUUUUGUGAAUGUCUCAGGAGAGAAGGGUCCUUUGGUAGCCCUUGAAUAAUGGAAUGAAAGAAUUUUGCUUCCUUAAAAGUCUGGCUUUCCUGUGCAAACUGAUGUGUCAGCUUCAGUUCAUGGCAAUGAUGAUAUGAAACACUGCUGCCUCAUUAAGUUUAGGAUAGUAGAUACGCAGAAUAUUGUCAUGGUCAUGAUGCGUAUAAGUGCACAAAGGAUUUUCCAGAGUCUCCAAAGGUAACACAGUACUGGAAGCCAUCUAUGCAUUGUACAGGAAAUCUUUGACCAUUUCAACAAAAAUGUUUGUUACUAAUCAUACUGGUGUAAUGUGGUGUACAUAAUGUAAGUACUGGUAAGUGUGGCGAGUGAGCAGCAGUAUUGCAAGAAUUCAGUGUUCCAUUUAGGUUCUUUAGAAUGUGUGGUUAAUCAAGUGUAAACAUUUUCCUACAGCACACAUCUCAGGAAGUGACAGGGCAUGUAUUACAUUAUUCCAACUCUCCUCACAAGACUAUAUAAAGCUGUAUGGUUGAAUGCCUCAUAAACAUGAACGGGUCUCCUGCUAUGAUGACCACAUCAGUUUGAUUUUAAAGUCUAAAUGGACCACUGUUCUCUCGAUAACUGGGUUUCUUUUUAAAGGCUAUUGCCCAAUUCAGGUAAUAUUGGUAAUCAAAUUUUUUUAUACAGUUGAGAAUGCAAAGGAGAUGAUAAGGUUCUUUGAAAAAGAAAGGGGGAAAAUCACAAAUCUUGGUUCGAUAUGACCACCAAGGCUGAUAGCUAAAAGAAUGUCAUUUACGAAUGUGUGUUAUCCCCGUGUGACCGACAUGCAGAGCUGCAGCUUUUUCUUCCCUCCCCACCAGAUAACCCCCCUCCCCUACCCCAUCCCAACCUCCUUUUCCCAGGGAGUUUUUCUUCCAUUACCAACCUUGCAGUUUGGUACAGCUAUAGAUACCAUAAAUGUCAUUACUGGGUGUUUCUUGAAAAAGGAAUUCUUCAUGAGAAAGGUACUUAUUUGGAAUUCUUGGAAUCACUCUUCAUUUUUAAAGUUGAACUUGUAUUCCAUGAUAAAGUUUCUCUAGGAGAAAUCCUUUUUGCUACACAUCCAUUGUGUGUACAUCCUAGUGAUGCUCCUCAUCUUACAUAUAAAUGAUCACAUUAACUUUAUACCUCAAGAUUCUACCUGUAAACAAGCCAAGACUUAAAAUCUAUUUUAUUUACUAGCAUUAUACCAGGUGCUCUAAGCCCAGUGUCUUUAGUGAUCUUAUAUUUAGAAAUUGCUAGGCUUAUGUAGGUGGAGGUUUUGUUGAUGUAUGCCAAAUUUUACAUUAAUCAAGAAAACUAAUUAUUUAGGAAUGGCACUUGCCUCAUAACAAAAAUGUGCCAUGAGCAGAAGCCAUUGCUCUUGGGCUAGGCACAGUGGACUCUUUAUAUUGACCAGAAAGGAGGACUGUGGCACAAAGAGUGCCAUUUAUCUUAUGUAUAUAUUCUCUCUAUUCAGAUCAAUGGUAGGCUUCUCUUAGAGAAACCGACGGGUAAAGUGAAUUCAGGUCUCAAAUUUAGCUAAGGUUUGAAUGUUACUCUAUAUCAGCUGGAAGCAGGAGAUUGUACAGACAAAUUUUUUUAUUUAUUUGCCAUAUAUUUUUUAUUUAUUUAUUUUUGUGUGUGUGAUUUCUGAUGAUAGAGAACUGGGAUGCUGCUGCCAUUCUGAUUUGAAUUAACAUUCAAAUAUAAUUUCUUGAACAGGGAUAGAUAGAUUUGUUAUUAUAUUAUGAUAUUUUUUAUAUGUUUCAUAUUAACAUUUUAUGUUAAUUUUUUCUUUCUUUCUCUUGUUUCUUUCUUUUUUUAAGAUUUAGAUUUACAGAUGAUAUAAGUCACGUAUAAAGCUAUAUUUUUAUUGUUUCAGUGAUAAACAAGGCUGGAACCAUUUUGAUAGCCUUAUAUGGUAUCACACCUUUCAGUGUCACUAUGCUAAACUCUAACAAGAGGAUAAAAAUUUUGCUAUGCAAGCUAAUGCUUUGAUAUACCCAUUUCUUCAUUUUAAUCAACAGACACAGCCAAGUUGCUGAAAGCACAAGAAUUUUGGCCAUUGUAAAGAUGUGAAGCCAUGUUAAAUCUUUUUAUUAAGGUAUCACAUGUUUGGUGUGAAGUAUAUAAUCAUUUAUGAUAGUUUUUGUAAUGAGUACAAGAUACUUACAGUGGUGGUAAGUAACCAUUCACUAUUUUAUAGGAUAUGUAGGGACACAAAUUUAUUUUACCUUCAUCUGUGUAUUUUGUUUUUUCCUUUGUUGAUUCUGAGAUAGUUGACUUUGGUCAAUUGUCUGGUUUUUCUUCAGUUGAGUAAAGGUUGAAUACUGGUGUAGUAGGUUGGAUAUAGACCUAAGUAUGCAAGGAUCUUUUUGACUGCUUCGAUGAUAGUGCUGCAAAUAGCAAUUCAAAAUGUUUUUGCCAUUACUAGUGGAGCUUUUAAAGACCAUUACAGUUUGGUAGUGUUCUUCAUAAGUUACAGGGAUGUGGAAGUUGUAUCUGUUGUGUCAUAUAACAAUUCUCUGAAUUUUGGAACUACGUGAUUAUCCUAAAAUAUACAGAAGAGAAACCUGAGUGGACUGGAUCCUCUUGCAUAGUAUUAAUAAUGCUCUUAAAGACAGAUAUGCACUGUGUCAAUGGGCUUGUCCGAGUUAUUUUUAUUGGUACCAUGUUUUACAGCAGUUCAGUGACAAAAUUUAUGAAAAUUGUGAGGGGAAGAAACUUACCCCCUUGCAAUGCCCAUCUUGAUAACAGAUGAAUUUGAUAGUCUGAACUCUUUUCCUCGAAGGUUUUGUCUUUAUCUCGGAUUUGCCCAAUAUCCAUCAUAUCCAUGCCCAUAAUACAUAUCUAGGGCAACACUUAUAAACGGGUACUACAUACAAGGUCACUAUAACAGGGUCCAGCUGGCGUGCCUAGCGCUAACCGGUGUCGUUCGUCUUGCAUUCCCAUCAGGGAAAUAGACAUUCAGGAUCAUAUUCUGUAUUAAUUCCAUUUUUAUUUUGUGUUCUUUGGAAUGUCCUUAUAGAGUAAAUUAUAGGAUAAAUUAUAAUCACUCUGGUCUCUUGAGCCAAUUUCUUUGGUGCAUCUACCUCAAGUCAUUUCUUCUGCUGGCUUGUGUGACCCCUUCCAUGACAUGUUAAGGUCCUCCACAUGAAUUUCAAAAGUCAGGGAUUGAAGCUAGAAUUUGUCUGCUGAAAAAUUCUGUGAUAUGUUGAGUAUCUUCUCAGGAUAGCAGUAGAUAAUGGAAAUCUUUCCUUGUUAUGAAGGCAGUAUUUUGUGAUUCAGUUACGAACAAACAGCCAAUUUGUGCAUCAUGUAAAUGUGAGAAUUAUCAGAUUUGUUGUGCUGAAAAUGAUUGAUGGAGCUAUCAUGGGUCUUGAAAGGUUAACAUGGGAGGUGUCUGUCAAACCAAAUGUGAAUAUAUCCUGCAGGUUUUAAACAUUCAGGGUCAUGUAUUAUUAUAUACAGCAACUUUUCUGUCAGGGGUUCUUGCAAUAUUCAGGUGAAGAUACCAUAGUUUUUGUAAUUUUUUUGCCAUGACAACUUACCAACUCAGCUACAACUUUAACGCAGGUACUUUGUAGUCUGGGAGCAUCUUUGUAACAAGUUAAAAGUUUUCCAGCAGUUUUAAACUGUCUAGGUGAUAAAUGACUUGAUAAUUCUUAGCCAUGCAAAAAUGUUUUACUGUUUAGAAAAUGUUGUGAUGUUUCUUGUUUCAUUACUGGGUUGGUAGGAUUAAACUUCCACACUGUGUCUUCAAAGCCUCGUUAGUCUGUAUUGUGCAGGGAUUGACCUUAAUGAAGGUGGUGUGGAUGUUUAAAAUCUACUAAUCGAGUUUGUAAAAUAUUAUCAUAUUGUGAGAUUUAAGUUUUAUCAGAUUCAGGUUAAUGAUAUGUAUGCUAGAUUUUUUUAUAGCCUUUUUAGAAUUGAUUUUUUUAUGGUAGUUUUAGUUUGGACUAUCUAUGAUAGUGUAUAUUUUCAGAAGUGCAAAUUUUUUAAUAAUUUCUUUUAAUAUAUUAUGGGAUAUGUAAUAGAGAAAGAAACACGUACACAAGAUUUUGUGUAUUGCAUUAAUGGAGCAUUAUAUUUGAAAGUUAUUCCUGUACUUUACAAUCAAAGAUACACUUUCCAUGCAAAAGUUCGUGAGUGAUAGUUUAAUUACUUAGCAAAUUUCUUAAACACAAAACAGAUUUUUGGACACUUCUUUCUCAAUAACUUAUCCUAAAAAUUUUCCAAGUAAAUCUAUCUUAGUGUCUAAAAAUAAAAAAAAAACAAUUUAUGGGUUUGCUGCGUACAAAACAAAUAGCCACUGUCUAUUUGAUGUAAUACGAUUUUUAACUAUGCCCUUUAUCAUAGAGGAUUAGGGUUCAGGUAGCUCGAAUAUGUGUGUGUGUCUCACUUGGGAAGAUGUAUCCAUGUCUGGUUCACAAACAUUGUUCCACAUAAUAACAGGAAAUUUGGAUGAACAAUUGGGUCUAUCUUGCCAGUGAGUUUACAUUUAUUGUCCGUGGUUGGCCUCUAGUCCUCGUAUUUCCAUUUUAAACGUUUGUAAUCCCCCGUAUCUUCAUAUAUGUAUUGACAAAUUUAAUGCAAGGUUAGAGAGAAAGAGACCAGGGCAGUGAUAGUGCCAAUCAGAAUGUGUUUUUGAGUGUCAAGUGAUGUUGUAACAUAAAUUUACUUUUUUUUCUUCUUUUUCUUUUCUUUACUUUUCUUUCUUGUCUUUUCUCUUCUUCAGUAUUAAUGAGAAACACUUAAAAAGCUUUACUUUUUUCUCUCAUUGUAAAAUGUGUAUUGCUCAAUGAAAUGAAAGUCAACCUCAUUUCUGCAGUAUGCAAAGUGAAAUGUUCUGGGAGAACUGCAGACUUCUGAGAACACUUUUUUCUGUUCAUAACAGUUAUGUUGUAGAAAUUAGAUACUAGUACUGUAUAUUGAAUAACUUUAAUCAGCAUAGAUUCGUAAUGAUUAAAAACAGAAAAUGUUGCUUUGUAGUGUUUGUUCUAAGUCUUAAAUGGAUUAAAGAUCAUCGGACAGUCUGUGGUUGGUACCAUCAUGCCCUGAUAGCUUCAAAUGUUGGUGUCGUAGCUAUAGAAUUAUAAUGUCUAGAAUAUGGAAGUAUCAAGAGAUCGCAGUGGACUCCUUGGGGAGUGAUACUGUGCCAUGGCAUUCUAUUCAAUGCAUUUUAUAGUCUCACAUGGAAACUAAUUGAUAUCUAUUAAUAAAUGAACCUAACCUAGAAACCUAC